GUUAGCCUCAGCUCUGCCAGUAUUUUAUCGCCCUUGACAAACAAUGUGAUAAGAAGUGAUUGGGCAUUAUUAAAUCCAAUUAAUGAACCACAAACACUGUGAUUUAAUAACUGGUCUUUGAACAGCCACAUGUUGUCAUCUUCUGUUUAAGCAAAGAGGCUAACUUCCUCUCUUCAGACAUGCACUGGUACACAAAUCAUUAACUUGUUUUAUAGUGUAUUAAGAUGAUUGUUUACAUUUUUUAAAUCUACAGUUGAAACAUAAAGAUUUAUUCUCAUGAUUAAAUGGUUUAAUAUAAGUAUACACUGCUGCAGAUUUAGGUUCAUAUUUUCACUUAUUUACAUGUGGCUGAAAGCUCUGCAUCUUUACCAACCACAAACGUCUCAGGCUCUAGUUGAUCAUUUUUGUCUUUGCUUAAUGGACUUUAGCUCCUUUGCACAUCUCUGGGACUGUGUGUGAGUACCAUGUGCCUUACCUUUACAAUAAAAUCAAGCUGCUUUCUUUGACUGUCCCUCCAGAUUCACAUAGAGAGCUGUUGUCAAGUACUAGUUGAAUCCAUGACAUAAGCAGAAAGGAGGAGUGAAACUAACUAAAGAGACCAAUCACAUGACUAAAGAGGUGUUGAACACCAGAGCAGGCAGGAGAGCGUUGUCACCGUUGUCAGCUUCAGUCUGUGGCUGAUGACUUGCCAACACCUCUCAUUAUAUUUGAAACUGCACACCAGAUCCACCUUUGCUAACUCAGAAGGACUAAUUAGCAGUAAUCUCCACUUUAGGCACAGCAGGAGCGCUUGUUUUUGAUCAGCAUGAAGGAAAUACCUGCUGGGUGGGAGGGGUUAGUCAGGUAAACUGCCACAGUGUUAAAAGUGUGCAACCGAGAAGAAAUGUUUUUCUAUUCCCUGUAGCAGUUAGGAGAUGGCUGGAGGACCUGGGAUGCAUUCCAUUAUGAGCUCUGAAGAUGAAUUCUCUGGUGAGUGGACAGAUGGAUGUGUCAAAACCAGAGACACUGAUUGGACAACUACAAAAGAGAGAACCAGUUUGGGAGAAUACAACCAACUGCCUCUGCAGGACAGUUUGGAGGCCUCAGCUGCGGACACCACACAGCUCCUUCCUCUGAUGGAGACAAAGCUUUACAAGCGGCGAUGGGUCAUGCUCUUCAUCUUCAGCGCCUACUCCAUGAGCAACGCCUUCAUGUGGCUGCAGUACAGCAUCAUCAGCAACAUCUUCAUGCGCUUCUAUAACAUCGACAGCAUGGCCAUCGACUGGCUCUCCAUGAUCUACUUCCUCACCUACAUCCCCUUCAUCCUGCCCGUCAUUUGGCUGCUCGACAACCGGGGAAUGAGGGAUGUGGUUGUGGUCGGCUCGGCCUUCAACUGCAUCGGAGCUUGGAUCAAGACGAGCACAGCCCACCCCAGCAUGUUCGCCAUGACCUUCUUCGGACAAUUUGUGUGUUCAGUAUCAACCGUUUAUCUCCUGGGGAUCCCAUCCAAACUUGCUUCCCUGUGGUUUGGGCAGCAGGAGGUAUCUACUGCCUGUGCCAUUGGAGUUCUGGGAAGCCAGCUGGGUAUUGCCAUUGGGUUCUUGAUCCCACCUAUCCUUGUGCCUAAUGUGGACGACAUGGAUGAGUUAGCACAACACAUCAGAAUCAUGUUCUACAUCAGUGCAGGAGUGGCCACCGUCAUCUUCAUCCUUGUCAUCAUCGUGUUUCAGGAGCGACCGGAGAUCCCUCCCACUCGCCAGGCUCAGGCCAGGAACAUCCCCCCUGAGGACUACUCGUACAUGGCUUCUAUCUUGAGACUGCUGACUAACAAACCGUUCAUGCUCCUGGUGGUCAGCUAUGGUCUGAACGUUGGCUGCUUCUAUGCUGUUUCAACACUGUUGAACCGGAUGAUCAUUGAACAGUAUCCUGGUGAAGAGGUGAAUGCUGGGAGAAUUGGUCUGACAAUAGUCAUUGCUGGCAUGGUAGGGUCGCUCAUAUGUGGACUUUGGCUGGACAAGACCAAAACCUACAAACAAACCACCUUGGGCAUUUAUCUCCUCUCUCUGAUUGGGAUGCUGGUCUACGCCGUCACCCUCAACCUGGGUCACCUGUGGUUGGUGUUCAUCAUGGCAGGACUUUUAGGCUUCUUCAUGACAGGAUAUCUCCCCCUGGGCUUUGAAUUUGCCGUAGAGCUCACCUAUCCAGAAUCAGAGGGAACCUCAUCGGGGCUGCUUAACUGUUCAGCUCAGAUCUUUGGAAUCAUUUUCACCAUCGCUCAGGGGAAGAUUAUUGAUAAAUGGGGUACUUUAACUGGAAACAUCUUCCUGUGCAUCUUUCUGCUGAUAGGAUCAGUAAUGACAGGAUUCAUCAAAUCUGACCUCAGGCGACAGAAGGCCAACCUGCAGGCUGAGGUGCAGACAGCGAGUACAAAAACAGCUGAAGAAGAAGAAGGAGGCGUCUCUGCACCUGUAACCCUGAAUGAGAGGAAGUUCUGAGGACACUACCUCACUCACAGAUUAAAAAAAAAAAAAAAUCCAAACACUGACACGUCAAUGUACAUACAUGUGCAAAUAGAAGCUGCUGUGAAGACUGAGCACAUGAGACUGAGUUCAUACUGAGCAGCGAUGUGUGAGGCUUUAAAUGUACUGUACAACUCGCCUCUCUGGCAUUAACACUAGAGAGACAGGCUGAUAUCCCAAGUGCAACUUAACUCAUCCCAAAGCAAGCACAAGUCAAUCAUGCGUAAGGGAAACACACUUGGAACUACACAAGUUUUAAAACAACAUAUUUAGUAAAUGUUUAUUUUAUUAUUUUAUUUAAUGUCGACAUUUGAUACGUUUUAGUGCUGUGCAGAUGCCUUCACACUGACUCCAAAUGACUCCACACUCAAUAACUGAAAUGGACUUUUCCCAAGAUUUUUCCAACCUACUCUGAUUACUGUUUAUAGAGUGUUCUUGAAAUGAAUUAGCAAUAUUUAAAGUCCUAUUAGUGGACCAAUAUUUUGUGUAACUGGCCUCUGUCGUUUCAUUGCUUGAAGGAGCAAGUCUAAUGCAGACUGUCGAGUGUGACCGGUCAUGGUUUUCAUGAUCAGGAUCUCAUGGAUGUUUUUACUCUUUGUGAACUGCUGAUUUUAAAUAUGAACGAUGAUAUGCAUCAGAUCACAAUUUUGAAAGGCGAAUGUCCUUGUAAGACUGUAAGGGAUCUUUAGUGGAUCAACACAAUGUCAGUGUCUGGAAUAUUAAGCAUAUCAGAACAGCACAAACAUGAUUAAAGGAUCAGGCAAAGCAUGCUCUGAUCAUCAUUUUUGCACAAUCAAAUGUUUUUGAUGCAUUAUCCUCUUAGAUGGUAAAGUUGUUACUGAGAAAUGUAGUUCAUGCUGUGUACAAUGUUUUGCUUGAUGUGGCUAGUUCCUGUUUUAUUUUGACUUAUGUGAUUUAAAGAGGUGCCAUAUUUUCCGUGGCAUCUUUAGAACAUUUUACUGUGCUGUUAAAAAGGUUUCUACACCCUCUACCCAGUUUAUAAAGAAGUUCAUGCUGCAGUGAGAUUUAUUUUAGACUGCAUAGAGAUUACUGUUUUAUUUCUUCUUGAAUUUUACAGAGAAGAGAAAACGAGUCAAGUAUUUAAAAAGACAACAUUAAAAACAGGAUUCUUCUGGAGUCUGUUUGCUCCAUAUUUUACUGGCUGGCCUAAAAUAUUUGAACUGUAUCUUUGGAUAAAACACUGUGCACUUCUUAACUGCGUUUGAAUCUAUCCUAAACCAAAUCCAGAGUUUUAAGACAGAAAUGAUGUAGUAAAACGUCUUACUUUUACCCAAAUAUGAGAACUGAGGAGCAUAGAAUAACAACUUUUUUUCUAAUAUGGUGCAUAGCACUCGUCUACACCAAUGAAAUAAAAAUGUCUCACAACCUGUUCACAACGUUAAUGAAUAUGUCAAAAAUCACAUCACUAAAUAAAACUUUUAUGGAACAAUAAUUGUGGGUCAUCUUAAAGGUUUUACAAACUUUUUACAGCACAGAUCAAACAUGAAAAGAAUUUGCUGAGAGAUGUGAGUCUUCGUAAUGAAGAACAUAGUUUUAUACUGUAAAGUUGUCAGAGUUCUUAAGAAAAUCAUGAAUAAAAUUAAGUAUAUGAA